AUGAAUUAUCAUAAUGACAAAUUCAAAGAUUACAAUUUCCAAGCUGGAAAAGAAGCAAUAAAAUAUCCAAUGACUGGAGCUCCAAAAACUUAUCUCGCAGUUGGCGUUAUUGGAUUUGUACUUAUUUUGAACCUUAUCAGAUGGUUUUAUACUGAAUUGAUGUUAUGUCAUAGUCAAGAAGUAUUGCCUCACAGUCUAAGAACUCAAUUAGAACUUUAUAAAAAUAUGGAGGGUGAUUAUAGAUGGCUUACUGACAUGAGGUGUGCCAUGCAUGGAUAUUCGUACCCUAGUGGUGGUAUCACUCAGAUUAUUGAAUCAGGUGUCAAUGUAAUUGAUGACAAUAAAGCAGAUAUUUAUGGGUUUAUUGAAAAUAUUUUUGGCCAUCUUGAGGAUCGUAAAGUCAGAUCUCUACUUGAAGCAAAGCUCAAAGCAAUAUCAUACACCGAGGGUGCAAAAUGGACAAAGGAUGAACUCAGUACAAGUUUUGAGGUGGACGGUUCUAUCGCUGGAAUUCAUUAUGCACUUUACUCUGAUAAAAUACAAAACCAGUCAAAACGUCAGUUUUUUAUUGCAAUAGUUCAAAUUAGCAUAUCUGCUGGCCCUGGUCAUUAUUUUAUUGCAGGGUAUUUUAACGGACAAGAAGAAUGCAUCAAAAAUGCGCUAAAAUAUUUACUUUACAAAGAGGCUAAAAAUAAACUCCUUAUACAUUAA